AUGGACGAUGCGACUCCAAACGCUUCCGGCGAGCGGAAACAACCGAAUUUAGUUGACACAUUCGUUGCACAAUGUGGAAAGUGCUACAAGUGGAGAUCCAUUGAGUCCCAAGAAGACUAUGAAGUGAUUCGAAGCAAAGCACUGGACAAGUCAUUUGAAUGCAAGCAUAACUGUGAAGAACCUGGAGAUGUUGAUGUGGAGGGUGAUUCCACGAGGGUAUGGUUGGUAGAUAAUCAACAUGGUUUACCCAAAACCCCUCAUGGACUCAAGAGGAUCUUGGUUCUCAGGGAAAGCUGCGAGAGAGUCGAUGUGUAUUAUGUUACACCUCAGGGAAAGAGGCUAAAGAGUCGCAAGGAAGUCGCUGGUUUUAUCAAAGACAAUAAAAGUUUCAAAGGCACACGCAUUGAAGACUUUUCUUUCGUUACGCCAAAACCGAUGAAGAAAACCAUGUUUAAGUGA